CUGUCGUUGGCAACGGCGGAGGCUGGAGCGGGAAGGAUAUUUGCUGCUAAGCGCUUGUUGUCAAAUCAACUUUUGUUGACUCGGUAACGUUACAUGGCUGACCUGGAAAAGCCCUCGCAUCUCAUCAUGAUGUGAAACGGCAUGUUAUCGUUUUGGUCUGUGGGAAACGGAGAAGGAGCCGGGUCAUUUAGCAGUCUGUUUGCUAGCUAACAUCUCUAAAUGUACACUAACAUUAUCUGCUCGAGUUUUAACAAGCAAGACUGAGACAUCAACAGGUGGAUUUCCCAUUUGCGAUAUUCGCUAGAAAUGGCCUCCAAAGGUUGGCAGCAUCCUUACGUCAACAUAUUCAAACACGUCAGAGUUGAAGACUGGAAAAGGUCGGCAAAAGAGGGGGAUGUGUCAACAUACACGGACAAGAGACUGAAAUGUUCCGUGUUCAGAAUCAGGGGUCCUGUUCCUGCCAACAGCUACAUCCUGGUACCCAAAAACAGCAACCAGUCUCUGGGGCUGACAGGUCGCUACUUCUAUCUUCUCUUCAGGCCCACCCCUGGCAAAUACUUUGUAGUCCACCUGGAUGUUUCUGUGGAGGAGGGCCUGGUGGUCCGUAUCUCUUUUUCCAACAUGUUCAAAGAGUUCAAGUCCACAGCUACCUGGCUUCAGUUUCCUUUCCUGUGUGGCGCUGCAAAGGAUUCAGUCUAUGAAAGCACGGCCAAAUCCGCAAGACAUGGUUUGGUGGGUCCAGCUCCCACUUUGGUUCGUUGGACCUGUCUGAUGCUGGAUCUGCAGUACACACUCUCGGUCUACCUCAACCGCUGCUACAGUCAACUAAAGAGCAUUAAGCUUUGUGCCAACAUGGCGGUGAAAAACAUGUUUACCAGCGACCUGCUGCUAGAUCCAGGAGUUUCCUUCAGUGAAGCCAAGCUGAUGGGUCUGGCUUCUUCUCAGGGAACAGGUCCUAUACCCAGAGACAUGUCAUAUCCUGUGCCCAAGGGAGGCUCCUGGCAUGAUCUCUAUGAUUAUAUCAGGUUUCCCUCAGAGGGAACAAAGUUACCCUUUGACUCCAUUCAAAAAGGCAAUCCCAGGCCCGAGUCUAGUUGUGUCUCUAGCCAGAGAAGCCCGAUUAGACAGGAACCUCGGUGUGUCAACCUCAGCAAACCAGUUCAAGACCGUGUGUCCCUGAUCCAGCAGAUCACCACUCAAAAAUCACUCCCGAGGAAUCAAACCCCUGUGGUGACCAACAUACCAGAGCUAGGUGUAGUUUCCACUUACCAGAAUGAUGACUGGCUUUGCCGUAAUGAUGACCAGCAUCAGCAGGAGUCAACAUGCUCCAGCUCACAGCAGUUUACACCUAGGUCUCUCUGGGAUGCCAGUGACGGGGGAGUACAUGUGCACGUUCAUCCUGAGGACGGCUUCAGCAAACAUGGGGAGGAAAGUGAAGAAGAGUAUAUUUGCACUCCAGUUCCACAUCCUUUCCAUCUGUCAUCGUCCAAAGAAACCAGACAGCAGAAGCUGCUCCCAGACCCGAUUCUCAGACUCAAUCGAAUCAUUGGCUUUGGAGGAGCCACAACCAAAUGUGCCCUGUGGAGCAAAUCGGGUGAUGCAGUGGUGUAUCCGUGUCACGCCAUUAUCGUCUCUAUGAAGAUAUCGUCUAACCAGCAGAGAUUCUUCAUCGGCCACACUGAUAAGGUGUCUGCACUGGCUUUUAAUGGCAACACAACACUGCUGGCCUCAGCGCAAACUGGCAACCACAGUGUAGUUCGAGUGUGGAACUACCACAAAGGAAACUGUCUGGCCAUGUUUAGGAUUCAUGCCCAUUCAUUAUCAUCUCUUAGCUUCUCAUACGGUGGAGGUAUUCUCUGUGGAGUGGGUAAAGACAGCCAUAGUAAAACAAUGGUGGUGGUGUGGAACACUAUGAACGUUAGUAAAGCUGGAGAGGUGACCAUCUUAGCCAAAGCACACACAGAUGUGGACAUCCACACCAUGAAGGUUGCCUUCUUUGAUGAUACAAGGAUGGUGUCAUGUGGCCGCGACAAUAUUCGCCUGUGGCGAGUGAGGAAUGGGACGCUGCGCUCCUGUCCAGUCAACCUGGGGGAAUACCACUCACUGGACUUCACCGAUGUGGCCUUUGAGGAGGGAAACUCUUCCAACCAGCAUCUUGAUGAUCGAACACUAUUUGCCAGCAGUCGGAGCGGCUAUAUCUUUGAGAUUGACUACAGCAGAGUUGUUAUUAGAAAUGUCAGGAGGCUGUUGCCUGCACAGCAGCAGCAUGCAAAUCACAGGGAGAAAUGGACUUUUAACACAGGUCCAAGCAUUGCCAUCAACAGCAUCAGUGUGUCCUCAUCAUUUUGUGCCACGGGCUCUGAAGAUGGCUUCCUGCGGCUCUGGCCCCUUGAUUUUUCUGCCGUCUUCCUGGAGGCUGAGCAUGAGGGACCUGUGAGCCUGGUGUCAGUCUCAUCAGACAGCCUUCAGGUCCUGGCAGCCACCUCUACCGGUAACCUGGGUUUCCUUCAUGUGAGCAGCCGAGGUUACAACACGCUGAUGAGGUCACAUACAGACACUGUGCUCGGCUUCAGUGUGGAUGGCAUCCGUCGCCAUCUCACAACAGCCUCUUCAGAUGGCACAGUGCGCAUUUGGAAUAUGGAUUCCUUGCAUCAGUUGUAUGAUUUUGUGUCAGAGGACAGCCCCUGUUCGGUGGCCUUCCAUCCCAGCGAGCAGGUCUUCUCUUGUGGCUUCAGCUCCGGCAUCGUCAGAGUCUUUAACAUCUCCAGUGCCAAGCUGCUGGCUGAACACAAGCAGCACAGAGGUGAAGUGGUGGGUCUUGUCUUCUCUCCGGAUGGGGAGUUCAUGUACAGUGCUGACUCUCAGGGCUCUGUGGCACUUUACAACGCCUCUGAGGAAGACCACAAUGUCAUCAGAGUUGUGUGUAAUGUGAUUGCCCGAGGCACUGAGCGCGCUCCCGACGCUCUCGCAGUGAGCAGUGACAGCCGCUGUCUGGCUUUUAUCGGUCCAUCUGAGUACAUUGUCACCAUCGCUGAUUCACAGUCUCUGGAUGAGAUGUUCAUAGGCCACAGUCAGCCUAUCCGCCAGGUGAGCUUCACCCCGGACCAACUGGGCGUAGUCUCAGUGGGAGACGCCAUAUUCCUUUGGGACUUCCUGGCACAUCCUGUUGACUCUUUGACUGAUAGCCGUUCACCUCUGAGAGUAAGCUACAUCUCAGGCCCUAAAUCAGCAGUUCAACCAGACGCUGAAGUGAGUGGAGUUCAGCUGUCCAGUGGGAUGCCUCGACAGACAGCGCCCCUCCCCUCCUCACCGCCACCACCUCUGGACAUCAGCAGCCUUGACCAAGUCGACCAAGAGGUUUUGGGUUCCUUGUCGAUUUGUGAUGAGACCCCGACCAUCCCAGCCGCUACCGUCCCAGCCACUGGUUCAUGUCCUUCCUCUGACCCCAGACCAGCUGUCUCCUUCCUCAAAGUCACAGAGCUGGUCAACACAUCUCCCCUGAAUACAAGCCACAUAAACACUGUUGAGUUGAAAGGAAAGACGCCAGUGCGUCCUGAUUGUUACAGGCACUUUAUUCCACGUUUCAAGACUUCCACUCUUGAUCAGGCCGCUGUGGCUCCCCAACCAGGAGAAGAGGGCAUAAAGCUGAAAGCAGUGAUCGGCUACAAUGGCAAUGGGCGUGGCAACAUGGUGUGGAGCCCUGACCAAGGUCUGAUGGCAUACUCGUGUGGCUGUGUGGUGGUGGUGGAGUACCUUCAUACAGGAAGUCAGCGGCACUUGCAGGGCCACAGCGAAGAGAUCUCUUGUCUUGCUGUCACAAAUGAUGCACAGACAGUGGCAUCAGCAGCUGGUGGCAACAAUGGUAGCAGGAGCCUCAUCUGCAUUUGGGACGUCCAGAAUGGAACUUGUCGAAAUACCAUCUCCUACCACAGGGGGGCGGUGCAGUGUGUCACUUUCUCCAGAGAUGAUCGUUUCUUUCUCUCUGCUGGAGACUUCUCGGACCCAGAGGUGGCUCUGUGGAGCACUAAGACCUUCCAGCUGCUCUCCAGUGUACGUGUGUCAGGACCCAUCCAUGAUGCAGCCUUCAGCCCCUCAGCAGCCAGCCAGCUGGCCUGUGUGGGCAGCCAAGGGGCUUACUUCUGCCUCAUCAACACACAUGGCUUGGAUGUAGACCUCAAGGUCCAGACAGUGAAAGCACCAGCAGAGGUGGGAGAUGUGGAGCUGACAGCUCUGUGCUACCACAUGGACUCCUUUCUGUUCACCGCCACCAAUCGCGGACAUGUUUGCGUCUGGGACGUAAACACACAGCGCUGCUUCAUGACCUGGGAAGCUGAUGAGGGAGAGAUUGGAGUGCUGCUGUGUCGAGGGAACCGUCUGUUGACAGGCAGCAACACCCGCUGGUUGCGACUGUGGGAGGUAGAAGCUGUACAGGGACUGAAGCCUCAGGAAAAGGUCUGCAAUGGGGAAGACAGUGGGACCGUGGUGGUGUUGGAGCAGGAGAUAAUGCUGGAUGGGACGACGGUCAGUGCAGCAUUUGAUAACACAAUGGACAUGGGCAUCGUUGGCACCACAGCAGGAACCGUCUGGUACAUCAACUGGCCAGACAACAGCAGCAUCCGACUGAUCAGUGGGCACAAGACCAAGGUGAAUGAUGUGGUGUUUAGCUCUGACGAGAGACAUUUUGCCACCUGCAGCGAGGACGGCAGCGUGAGGGUGUGGUCAGCCCCCAGCAACGAACUGGUGGUGCAGUUCCAGGUGCUCAAUCAGGGCUGUGGCUGUGUGUGCUGGAGCCCUUCUUAUAGUAAGGAGAGCUCAUGUGUGGCUGCAGGAUACAGCGAUGGGACCCUGAGGAUAUUCCAGCUUUCUUCCUCAGAGAUGGAGAUGAAGCUGCAUCCCCAUCAAGUGGCUGUCACUGCCAUCCAGUAUUCCGCUAACGGUCAUGUGAUCCUUUCAGCGGGGAAGAAUGGUCUGGUAGCUGUCAGCAGCCCAGUGAAUGGAGGGACGAUGCGUGUCAUCAGGGACCACAAAGGAGCGCCGAUUACCACCAUCCAGUGUGUGAAUGAACAGUGUAAGAAUUUCGGACUGGACGGAAACGAGAUGUGGUUGGCUGCCAGUUCUGACAGACGUGUCAGUGUGUGGGCUGCCGAUUGGCUGAAGGACAAAUGUGAUCUGCUUGACUGGCUGACAUUUCCUGCUCCGGCCUAUUUUGGGGAUGACAGCCCACCUCCCAGUCUGGCUGCCUUCUGCCCUGCAGACCCCAGCCUGGUGGUCUACACUGGCUAUGGAGUAGAGAAAGAGCUGUCCUUCUACUGCCUGGCUAAAAAACAGAUAAUAAAAAAGAUUGCCCUGCCUGACUGGGCCACAUGCUUGAGCCUCUCCUCUAAGAGUCAACUCAUAGCAGUGGGAUCAAAAGAGCGAGUGUUAAAGUUGAUCAAGUCGACCAGCGGCAGGUUCCAGGACUUCCUGCAGCACAGUGACUCACUGCAGACAUGUCGCUUCUCUCCCUCUGGGACUCUUCUUUUCACCGUAGCUUAUAAUGAGAUCUUCCUGUGGGAGGUGCAGGGCCUCACAUCUGUUUUUGAAACUCAAACCUUGUAGGUUUAUUCCGUUUUACACGUGACUAGUUCAAAUUCUUUCUCCAUGUAAUGUUAUUGUUCCAUUUUUUUUUUUAAUCAGUUUUGAGGCAAAUAGUAAUUUGUGGAGAAGUUUUGUGUAACAUUUGCCACAUUGGAGCUUUUUCCUUAUGCAUGUAUGGUUUUAAAAUACAUUUUUGUUGAAGGAA